AUGUUCGCCGACAUACAAAAGACUCCAACAUCAGAUGAAAAUAUCCAGCAUAGAAUGGAAGAACUGAAAGAAAAUGUACACAAAUACAACAAUCCUUUUUACUUACGAGCAUAUAACGUUCAAUCUUUGGAUGAACUCGGUGAAAAUAAAAGGUUAAAUUUCAACAAAACAUAUAGAAAUGAAACAUUGUUUAAAGUUCAUUCAGAACCUAGCCAAUAUGGAAACAAACCUACUUUUGUUUCUGCAGACGAUGGAACUACAAUGAGAUGGGGUCAUAAAGCUAAUCCGGAUAGGUGGUUCAUAAACUUACAACCACAAUUCCAAGAAGUUGUAGACGCAAUGGAAGUGAAUGGUGAACCAGAUGUAGCUGGUAUUUUCAGCGCGGCUUUAAUGCCAUUGAAAGAUAUGAAAGAUGCAGAUAUUUUGGACCAGUAUGAAAUGAACAUGGCUGAUGGAAAUAUAACACCUGACGUUCUAGAACAUUUAUCUCAAAGAACUACACAGAACCAUAGAGAUGGUAUAUUUGGUGAAGAGUUUAGAAAGAAAGUUAGGGAGAGAGAAGGAAGAGAACCUAUUGUACAUGACCUUGCAAACGAAAGUUUACAAAAUGUCAUAAAAACUUACUUUGCAGACAAUGAACCGAGAAGGGAUGAAUAUUUAAGAAAACUCAAAUGGACAGUACCAAAUGAAAUGUUAGUAUUGAAAAACAUGUUCCUUGACAAAAUAAAACCAACUACAGAAAUAAAUGACGCAAGACUGAAACAUUGGGUAAAAGCUUUCCCAUUCACAAAAGAUAUUAUUGGUAACAUGGAAAGAAAACCAGAAUGGCUACAAAAACAUAUAUUUGGAAACGAGCUUAUUCCAUAUGGACAAGCUAU